GAACGAUCACACAAAGAAACAGACUUCUUCGUAUCACACAUCCAAUCGUUUCCUACAUAUAUUUAGUAAAUUUUAAGCAUUCAAUAAAAAUAUUGGUAGCUGACUAUAAAACACAAGUUUUAAAGAAGCCAAGUGUUAGUAAACCUUAUCUUUUGCAUAAACGAAAAAAAACACAACAAUGGAGUCUACGACCACUACUGCAUUAGAUCGACCAACUCAGCUAAAAGCUUUCGACGAGACCAAGACCGGAGUCAAAGGCCUUCUCGAGGCCGGAAUCUCAGAGAUUCCCGCCAUCUUUCAUGCACAUCCAGCUACUAUAACAACCCCAAAACCACCUUCAUCAUCGCAGUUCACCAUCCCAACAAUCGAUCUCCAAGGAGGCAUAGACUCACGGAGAAACUUGGUGGAAAAGAUCGGAGACGCAGCUGAGAGAUGGGGCUUCUUCCAGGUGAUCAAUCAUGGUAUCUCACUAGAUUUGUUGGAGAGGAUGAAAGAAGGAGUUCGUGAGUUUCACGAGCAAGAUCCGGAAGUGAGGAAAGAGUUCUACUCUCGAGAUCCAGGUAGCAAGAUGUUUUACAUGAGCAACUUCGAUCUUUAUAACUCACCGGCUGCUAACUGGAGAGAUACGUUAGCUUGUUUCAUGGCUCCUGAUCCUCCUAGACUUGAGGACUUGCCAGCCGCUUGUGGGGAGGUGAUGAUUGAAUACUCAAAGGAAGUGAUGAAAGUAGGUAAAAUGCUUUUUGAGCUUCUCUCAGAAGCUCUAGGAUUAAACACUAAUCACCUCAAGGACAUGGAUUGCACCAAAUCAUUGUUGUUGCUCGGCCAUUAUUACCCUCCCUGUCCUCAACCAGACCUAACUUUAGGCUUAACCAAACACUCAGACAACUCUUUUCUCACGAUUCUUCUUCAAGACCAUAUCGGAGGGCUACAAGUUCUCCAUGAUCAAUAUUGGGUUGAUGUUCCUCCUGUUCCUGGAGCUCUUGUCGUCAACGUUGGAGACCUUCUCCAGCUUAUUACAAACGGCAAAUUCAUAAGCGUGAAUCAUCGUGUUUUGGCUAAUGGAACUGGUACUGAACCGCGUAUCUCAGUUGCGUGCUUCUUCAGUUCUUAUUGGAUGGAGAAUCCUAGAGUUUAUGGACCUAUCAAAGAGCUUCUGUCUGAACAAAACCCUCCUAUAUAUAGAGACACCACCAUUACAGAAUAUUCAAAGUUCUACAGAUCCAAAGGAUUCGAUGGUACCUCUGGAUUACUAUACCUCAAGAUCUAAAGAUUGCACGUUUAUGUUUUAAUAAGGAUCCGUGGAUGCACAUGUAUGUUUAUAUGUUUUAAUAAGGAUGCGUAGGACUUUUGGUUUCCCUGUAACAACUUCUUCUUUUAAUAAGAUAAGACAGUGGGGCAUAAACUGUCACAAACCGUUCAUUUGAUUGUGUAAUCUCUCUGUAUUCACAUAGUGAAAAAUGUUCCACGUUUUCUGUCUACAACAACUGGUCCAUGUGUUGUGCGUCUUGUAUUAAUAUCUAAGGA